AGCAGCAGCCGCCGCCGCGGGCAGCGGGAGCAGCAGCGGCCGGAGGCCGGCGGGCAGCGGGGCCGCCUCCUCGCCGAGGGUCGCCCGCUCGCCCUCCCGGGCCAUGGGCAGCCCCUGACCCCGCCGCAGCACCGGAUCCAAAAUGACGGUCAAAGCUGUAAAGAUGCCGUGCACCUCUGCAAACGUUUAUACUAAAGUGCCUGACGGAGGAUGGGGCUGGACAGUCGCUUUUGCGUUCUUUGUUGUGGAAGCCCUGACAUACGGCAUCAUAAAAUCAUUUGGAGUCUUCUUUAACGACCUGAUGGAAAGCUUUGACGAAACCAACAGCAGGAUAUCCUGGAUAAUAUCCAUAUGUGUGUUUGUACAGACUUUCACAGCUCCUCUGUCCACGGUCCUCAGCAACCGCUUCGGCCACCGCCUGGUGGUGAUGGCCGGGGGGCUGCUGGUCAGUGCCGGCAUGGUCAUCGCGUCCUUCGCCCGCAGCGUGGUGGACAUGUACAUCACCAUCGGCAUUGUCUCCGGCCUGGGAUACUGCCUCUCCUUCCUCCCGACUGUCACCAUUUUAUCUCAGUAUUUUGACAAAAGGCGCUCGCUGGUCACAGCGGUGGCAUCGACAGGGGAAUGUUUCGCUGUCUUCUCCUUCGCACCAGCAAUCACGGCCCUGAAGGAGCAGAUUGGCUGGAGGUACAGCAUGCUUUCUGUCGGGGUGCUGCAGCUUGGCAUCACCGCCUGCGGAUCGCUGCUGCGCCCCAUCGUCAUCAGAGAGCAGGAAGAAGCGAAAGCACAGCCUCCAGAGGAGUCCACGGAGACAAAGUACAUGCUUGAAAACGAGCAAACAUGCACCUCAAUAGAGUCCAUAGACUCAGGAGUCGAUAUAACUACCUCACCCAGCAAUGUGCCUGGAAAAACCAAAGCAGAGCCGAAAAGUGAAGAACCAAAGCAACACGGACAGAAUCCCGUAGAAAAUAACAGCACCCCUCCAGAACCAAAAACCAAACUACUGGACUUCUCUGUGAUGAGAGACUAUAGCUUUAUCUGUUAUGCAUUCUUUGGCCUGUUUGCAACCCUGGGCUUCUUCGCUCCCUCCCUCUACAUCAUCCCCCUGAGCCGCAGCCUGGGCAUCGGCAAAGACCACUCUGCCUACAUCCUGUCAGCCAUGGCCAUCGCCGAGGUCUUUGGCAGGAUUUUUGCAGGCUGGGUUCUCAACAAGAAGCCGAUCCGCAAGAUCUACAUCGAGCUCAUCUGUGUCAUCCUGCUGUCGGUAGCGCUGGUUGCCUUCCCCUUUGCCUCUGGAUUCUGGGGCUUGAUGAUAUGUAGCGUUUAUUUUGGGUUCAUGCUCGGCACCGUGGCGGGCACACAUAUUCCCCUCCUGGCUGAGGACGACGUGGUUGGCAUCGAGAGGAUGUCCUCUGCAGCUGGAGUCUACGUCUUCAUUCAAAGCUUAGCUGGGUUGGCUGGACCACCCCUUGCAGGUGUCUUAGUGGAUACGACAAAGAACUACAGCUCAGCCUUCUACUCCUGUGCUGCUGGCAUGGUCCUGGGGGCCGUGUUUCUGGCCCUGGUGAGGCCGUGCAAGACUGGGCUGUGCCACCACCACCACCGAGAGCAGCAGCAGCAGCAGGUGGAGGAGAGCACGGCAGGGCCAGCACCAGAACUACCAGAUGACUUUAUAGACAUGGAUAUUGGAAAAGCAGAAAAUUCAGGAAAAGGCUCCGACAGCGUGGUAUAAAAAACCCUGUUCCUUCUCCAUCUAAUGUACUCAGUGUAAGGCUGGGGGAAAUGUCAGCUCUGCUCCACGUUUUAAAAGUCCAUUCUAAAGGGAAUGUGAAAUUUUAAAUGUGAACAGUUGCUACCAACCAUUUUUAUUUUAAAUAUUAGACAGAACUUUUUUAACCAACAAUGGAAAGCUCCAUAGAAAAUACGGAUAGUCACAUAAGAACAACUUCUUUCUAGCAUGAAGAUGUGAUGCACACUUGCUUUCCUGAUAACAAGCAUAGGUAAAAUUCCAACUGAUCCCAUCAAUACUGACAACAGCAACAGCAGAAGCAGCUCAGCCUCUGACUGUCAGCCAUCCCCUACCACAAAUUCCACACAGACCCAAUGAUAUGAACUGGAGCAUUUCAUACACCACCAGUAGCCAACUGAAUCUUCUUCUGGAGGGAUACAGACUCACUUUUUAGCUUGGAGGAGGAGGAGGCUAGGCUAGGUAGCUGACAAUUAGAAACCAUUGCUAAUGAUCUUAACUUGAAUGUCACAAAUGCUGGGAAAUCAAAGGCUCCCUGUGUCUUUAUGGCCAGUUAUUACUGCACAUAUUUCAUAAGAUCAUUUUUCUUCUCCUAACUGGGAUCCUUAGAACUGUUUUCUGUCAAUAGUCAGACCUGAUGUACUGUUUCUAAUUUAACUAGUAUUUAUUAAUUUAUUCUGAGAUUGUUAAAGGACGUUAGCUUAAAUAACUGGAGAGGAAAAAUGAUCUUCUGCAUAACGGAAAGCUGUCUUUACAUCAAUCUCUUCAAUGCCUAUCUUGUAUUGCUUGUGAAAUUGUUGGGAAAAUGACUCUUACAGCAUAAAGUGUAGCUGUUUUUAAUAGGUAAGUCUUAAGUAACCCAGUUAUUUUUAAAAAAACAAAAACAAGUAACUACAGAUCCAGCAUCUCUUUCCAUGGAAAAAGGCUCAGCUGGUGCCACGGACCUGGCACAGCUGCCAGAACCAGCCCACCCCGCAGGGAGGAUUUGGCCCAGGAUGUCUUAAUGUACCCGAAACCUUGGCUCACAGGUGCACCAGGAAAUCUCUGCUGCAGCCCCAGCUGCCUGUGGCCCCCCCAGGACCUUCCCCUCUCACUGCUCCCCACCCCUGCCAGCCACGGGGUGCUGGGGCUGAGCUGCACCCCCUUCCCCAGCUCUCCCCUCAAGUCAGCAAGGGGCUUUUUUUAUUUCUUGCUGCUGACUUCAGUGAGAAAUGAAGUGGAGCCUGUGCACGAAGGGAAGGGUAAAAGACAACGUUUGAGCUGUUCAUUCAGUCUUAACAGGAGAGAUUCCUGCUCGCAGUGGCACGAGCUUGCUUACCCCACCUAUAUGCAUCUUCUCGCCUCUAGGCAACUCAGGGGGACAAAUCAAACAAGUCUGUUCUGGUUUGGGGGAAAAAAAAAAAAUACUCCAAACCACCAUUUCUGUGUACUUAAGUGGAAGUGUCAUCAUCCAUUAACUGCUACGCUGACCUGUCUGUGUUUUACCAGCCAUAGAAACGUGGGACAAUCUGCAAAAGAAAAAAGAACAACCUCUUUUUUUGGGAAGGUGCU